GGCGGAUCUUGAGGCCUUGCUGGGAAGACUGUGGGACGAGGCGCUCCGUUGGGGUCCGGGAUGGUUGGGGUCCCAGGUCCCUGCGUUGGCCGGUCCUGCUGCUGCUGGGUCCGGUCAGAGUCCCCGUGUCAGCGGGCGGCACUCCCGUCCUCCUGCUCGCCUGAGUCCGGAUGCUGCUCCUGGUCCCAGACACCGCCAGGUGAGUCCCUCUGCGCUCCAUGCGGCUGCCUCUACCCGGCGCUCCGGCGCUUCGGGUGGGGGUAGGUCUGGGGGGGUCUUCCCGCAGGCAGUGUGGGUCCGAGGAUGGUGGGGACCGGCAUGCUGCCGCAGCGGUCCCUGCACCACGUAGAGAGCUGGUGUCGGCGGCCCGCCCCAGUAGUAAGGGCUCCCGGGAGGGGCGGGCUCUGCGGAUCCCUGCAGCUCAUGCAUCGGCUGCCCCCGCUCCACGGCAGUCGGCUGGGAGGAGGCGCUCGUCUGGCCUGUAUGAGCGGCAGGCCAGGGAGCUGAAUGACGCCGGGGAUCCGGGGGCCGGCGGUUUAGAGAUGGUGGCCGGGUGGAAGAUUCUUUGUACGGGGGGGGGGGGAGAUGCUAGCCCCGCCCCCAGUGACGUCAGCGGUUCGGAUGAAAUGUUGCUGGACGACGGGGGUGCUCUGCCCCUUCCUGCUGUGGCUAGUGUGGCGGAUCCAGGAGCCAGAGAUGUGACUGCGGCUGCUGCUGGUGUGGCAGGGUGCUCUGCUGCUGGACUGUCUGCUUCUGCUGGGGCCUCUACGGUUGGGACGGCUGCAGCUCCUCCUUCCAGAUUGCUGGAUGCUUCUUCUGCUGGAUCUGCGGCUGCGGGCGGGCUCCGCCUGGUCCCUGCUGUUCCUGCAACAAGUCAAGCCAGGGAUGUCCGGAAUCGGCCUUCUGCGGGUGCGACGGCUGCUGGGUCGGUGGCAGCCAGUGGGUGCGGUGCCGGUCCAUGUCUCAUCUGGAUUGUCGGCUAUUCCUACGUGGUCAGAGGGGGAGUUCGGGCUGAGGUGCGCCCGGAUGGACGGCAGCUGGGGUUUUCAAGAACGGCGGCAUUCGUGGGCUUGUUGGGUAAAGGGAGGCUGCAGUGGCCUGGGUUGCUGCCUCACAUUCAGUUUUAUGUUGGGAUGGAUAGGGCCCCUAAUGUCCUUGUAGUGCAUGCGGGGGGAAAUGACCAGGGGGUCAGGAGGUCGAGGGAUCUCUUGCGGGACAUCAAGGUUGAUUUGUUGAGACUGUGGGCCAGGCCAGCGAAGUUCCCGCCCACCCGCCCUUGUAACAGGCUUGGGUACUUCUUGUCGCGGCAGCAGUAGCGGGAGAAGGAUUUGGAGGCAGGAGUGGCAAUUUUGGUGGUUUGAGAAGGUGUUGGUGGAGGAGGCUGGGGAUGGUACUCAGCCUGGAGAGGAUUGGGCCUCUGAAAUGGUGUCCCUAGGUCUGGUGCCUUACGGCUAGGGGCAAAUGUAGGAGGCUUGGCACAUUGGUUCACUUGGGGUUAAAGGGGGACGUUGCCUCCAGAUCUCUCAGCCUCUGUAGGGUGGUUAUGUUUUAUGGUUUUUGUAUGAUGUUCAUACAAUAUGUUAUGACAAUGUUUAAAUUGUUCAAUGUUAAUAAAUAUGGUCU